UUCUUUAGCUUGAUAUCAUCGAGAGAAAGAAAGAACCCAAAUUAGGAUUGAAUUUCUCUUGAUCCUCAUGGCUUCUUCUUCCUUGCAGUGUCCACCUUUUGGGUUUUCAGGGAAGUAUUACCACAUAUCAGGUGCCGAUUGCGUACGCCAAGGCAGUUUUUUCGAGGGGAAAACAGUUCUGAAUCAAGGUGUUGGAUAUGCUGUUAUAUUAGGAUUUGGAGCUUUCUUUGCCUUCUUCACUUCUUUCUUGGUAUGGCUUGAAAAGCGUUAUGUGGGAGCUCGUCACACGUCUGAAUGGUUCAACACUGCUGGGAGGAAUGUGAAAACUGGACUGAUUGCCAGUGUUAUUGUUUCUCAGUGGACGUGGGCUGCUACAAUACUUCAAAGCUCUAAUGUUGCUUGGAAAUAUGGUAUUAGUGGGCCGUUCUGGUAUGCGAGUGGAGCAACCAUCCAGGUUCUCUUGUUUGGUGUUAUUGCUAUUGAGAUCAAAAGGAAGGCUCCUCAUGCUCAUACUGUUUGUGAAAUUGUACGAGCUCGGUGGGGAGUUCAUGCCCAUAUUGUCUUCCUCGGCUUUUGCUUCUUAACAAAUAUUAUAGUUACAGCAAUGCUGCUUCUUGGCGGUUCUGCUGUCGUAAAUGCACUUACUGGAGUGAACAUCUAUGCUGCAAGUUUUCUAAUCCCUCUUGGUGUGAUAGUCUAUACGUUAGCUGGUGGAUUGAAGGCCACUUUCUUGGCUAGCUACAUUCAUUCUGUUAUUGUCCAUGUGGCACUGGUUAUAUUUGUGUUUCUGGUUUACACUUCAAGUAGUGAGCUGGGUAGUCCUAAAGUUGUAUAUGAACGCCUCUUGGAAGUUGGGAGCAAAUUGAGGGUCUGUAUAGAACCAAUUACUCAUCCUGGGCAAUCCUGCGGGCCUGCUAGUGGCAACCACAAAGGAUCAUAUGCUACGAUGUUGAGUUCAGGUGGUCUUGUUUUUGGUAUCAUCAAUAUUGUUGGCAAUUUCGGUACCGUUUUUGUGGACAAUGGAUAUUGGGUCAGUGCAAUAGCUGCAAGACCUUCAUCAACUCACAAGGGAUACUUAUUGGGUGGGCUUGUUUGGUUUGCGGUGCCUUUUUCCUUGGCGACAUCACUUGGUAUAGGUGCACUUGCUCUAGAUCUUCCCAUAACAGCAAGUGAAGCGGAUCAUGGUCUUGUUCCUCCUGCCACUGCUAUAGCUUUGAUGGGCAAAGGAGGAUCAGUUCUUCUUCUCACUAUGCUGUUUAUGGCUGUGACGUCAGCUGGUUCCUCUGAACUAAUCGCAGUUUCCUCCUUAUGCACAUAUGAUAUCUAUCGGACGUACAUAAAUCCCAAUGCAACUGGAAAACAAAUUCUGAAAGUGUCUAGAAUUGUAGUUUUCGGUUUCGGAUGUUUCAUGGGUGUACUAGCUGUCAUACUGAACAAAGCAGGAGUUUCCUUAGGUUGGAUGUAUUUAGCCAUGGGAGUUUUUAUUGGUUCAGCUGUUCUUCCUAUAGCAUUCAUGCUUUUAUGGAGGAAAGCCAACGGAAUAGGUGCUAUUCUUGGAUCUAUUAUUGGUUGUAUUUUAGGAGUUAUCACAUGGUUAACUGUAACCAGCGUACAGUACGGUCGUGUUAAUCUUGACACAACUGGCCGUGAUGCUCCGAUGCUCGCUGGAAAUCUAGUAUCAAUAUUGGGUGGUGGAGCUAUUCAUGCAGCGUUCAGUUUUUUGUGGCCUCAAAACUAUGAUUGGGAAACAACGAAGCAAAUAACAACAGUUGAGAAGGAAACGAGUGAAUUACCAGCUGAAGAGUUCAAACCUGAAAAACUACUUGCAGCGAAAGCUUGGAUAGUGAAAUGGGGGGUCGUAUUUACUGUUGUCAUUGUGAUACUGUGGCCUUUAUUGUCUCUUCCAGCAGGAGCCUUCAAUUUGGGAUACUUCACAUUCUGGGCAGUUAUAGCUAUUUUAUGGGGAACAAUUGGAUCUGCUGUGAUUAUUGCCUUACCCUUGAUCGAGAGUUGGGACACGAUCCAACUCAUCUUAAUUGGAAUGCUUACAAACAAGAAACCGAUGACCGUACCCGACGCAGAACAACUUCAAUCACCAGAGAUAGAGAAGACCAAAAAGAACACAGAUGACAUACGAGACUCAGAAUUCCAUCCACAUAAACCAACUUUGGACCGAGUUGGUUGAAGCAUUAAGGCGUGCAGUUUGAAGUUGAAAGUGAAGUUAAUAUUUCUAAAAUGUUUGUAAUUUUCUUCCAUUAUCGUUUGUCCAUAUAAGUCUUGAACUUGAUUCGAAUAAAGUUGGAUUGAUUGAUCUUAAAUACGUCGGUAACAUAGACCACCAGCUGAGUGGGUCUUGCCAAUUGACCGCAUGGUCCUGCAAACCUGAUGGUCAUGAACUCCUUGGUGUAAACCUCCACCGCUGAGACCAUUUUCAGGGUCUUUAAGAAUGAUUAAUGCAUUUCACUUCAUUCC